AUGUCUACCCCAUAUGAUCUUCCCGAGGAUGCUUCAGCCAUCAAGCCAUUCGAAUGGAAUGAGCGUUAUGAUUUCCCUCGAGAUCUGGUAGGAUACGGGGAAAACUCGUUCAACCCCGAAUGGCCAAAUGGUGCAAAGAUUGCUGUGUCUUUUGUUAUCAAUUACGAAGAGGGUGCCGAGCACACGGUACUCAAUGGUGAUCUUCAUUCUGAGACUCACUUAUGGGAAGCAUCUGGUGGUAGUCCGAAGAUUCAAGAACGGGCUGUAAACAUUGAGUCCGAAUAUGACUAUGGAUCCAGAUCUGGUGUUUGGCGUCUAUUUCGUCUAUUCAACAAGUAUAAUUACAAAUAUACUUUUUACGCUGUCGGAAAGGCUAUCGAAGAUAACCCAGCUGUUGGCUUUUCGUCUGUGAAGAACGGGCACGAUGUUGCUUCCCACGCGUAUCGAUGGAUUGACUACACCAACAUGUCUGUCGAGCAAGAAAAGGCAUAUAUCAAGAAAGAAAUCGAGGCAAUUGCUAAGAUAUGUGGGGAGCCACCGAAGGGUUGGUACUAUGGGCGACUGUCAAGCAGAUCUCAUGCACUGGUCUGGGAAGUCUAUAAGGAGAUGGGCAUUCCGCUACUAUGGGAAGCCGAUAGCUAUGCCGACGACCUGCCAUAUUGGGUUGACGUGCCUGCCGAAAAAGACGAAGAGAAACCAGAAGGCAUGCUUAUGAUUCCAUACUCGUACGACUGCAACGACUACAAGUUCAACGUCCCUACCGGCUUUGGCUCCCCAUCCCACUUCUACGACCACGUAAAGAACGCUUUCGACACUCUGUACGAAGAAGGAGACGAGGGAUCUCCGAAGAUGAUGACGAUUGCGCUACACUGCCGCUGUAUCGGCAAGCCUGGACGGUUCAUGGCACUGAAGAGGAUCGUGGAAUAUAUUGCAAGCAAGGAAAAUGUCUGGGUCGCAACGAGGACACAGAUUGCGGAGCACUUCAGAGAAAAGUUUCCUUAUGAGAAGGGUUCUUUGGCACCAGGAGUGAAGAGAGUUGCUGCACCGAACAUGAUCGACGCAUGGCCGGCUCAUAAAGAACCACCAGUAUAG